AUGAAACCUGAGAGUUUCAAUCGCCGAGAAUCAAUUCAGAACAGUUCGUAUAUUUGUGGAGUAGUAGAAGGUACGACUAGAAAAAUCAAAAAAAAAUCCAAAAAUAAUCUUUAUUCUUUGCAGGAUUUUAUGCGUCAAAAUCAUCUGGGACUGACCACGUACUUGUACGCUCCAAAGGAUGACAUCAAACAUCGGUCACUCUGGCGACAACUAUACAGCACUGAGGAAAUGACGCUUCUCCGAUCACUCAUCGACAGCGCCAAGGAUAACCGCAUCAACUUCGUGUAUGCAAUUUCCCCGGGGCUAGAUAUUGAAUAUGGCUCCGAGAAGGAAAUGGCUACGCUAAAGGAAAAACUAAGUCAGGUCAAAGGCGCUGGAUGUGACUCCUUCGCUAUACUUUUCGAUGAUAUAGAAGUACAGAUGCAAAAGAACGACAAGGAACACUUUGAGUCCUUUGCUCAUGCUCAGGUUCAUGUAGCAAACACUAUCUACGAGUACUUGGAACCAAAGACAUUUAUUUUCUGUCCAACAGAAUAUUGUCAAUCAAGAGCUUUUCCCACGUUGGAGACUUCUCAGUACCUCAAUACCAUCGGAGAGCUUUUGGAGAAAGAGAUACAUAUCAUGUGGACUGGGCCGCAAGUCAUCUCUCGUUACAUAACGCCUGAGCACUUGACUCGUGUGGGGAGUGUCAUCCGCCGAAAGCCGCUUAUCUGGGAUAACUUGCACGCCAAUGACUACGAUUUGAAGAAAAUCUUCAUGGGGCCGCUAACACAUCGAUCUGUAAAAAUAAAGGAUGUCACGUCAGGAUUGUUGUCAAACCCAAAUGGACGGUAUGAAGCGAAUUUCAUUCCGAUUCAUACUUUGUCUGAUUGGAAUGCAGCGGAUCGAGAUUUGUUAGCACAUGAAAGUGGUCUCUCCGAAGACAAUGGGAUUCUCUUUAACAUUGAGUGCAACUCAGAAACUGUGUAUAUUCCUGAAGUCUCCAUGGUCAAUGCGGUUACCACGUGGAUUGAUGAAUUCAUCACUCCGUCUGUGAUCCAGACCACCCAAUCUCCCAUCCUAAGUGCAGAUGUAGCUGGAUGCGUUCCUGAUAGGAGAGACACUGUUUGGCUACUGGACCUGCCACAGUCUCACGGAGUCAUUGUGCCAGAACCUGUGGCACCGAUUGAGGUGGCUGCCGAGAACAUUGUGCAGGAAGCUGUUCCACUGGAAGAGCCAGUGCCGUCAGAGUUGAACUCGAUGGCGCCCGAUUAUUCGCAGCCGAUGGAAACGGAAGAAAAUGGAGAAACUCAGGAAGAUGAAGCUAUGGCAAGCGUUGAUGACAAUGUGGCUACCCUUCAAGCUUUCUCCGGUCUGGUUGUCACAGAAGAAGAUGUCAAAAACCAACGACUCGCCCUUCUCAGCUCCAUGUGUGAGAUGUUCUACCUUCCGUUUGAGAAUGGACCUCGAACUACAACUCUCUUUAAGGAUUUCACUUGGUUAAUGCAAAAUGCGUCGGUGAUGAAGAAAAGCUUCACGGAAAUUGAAACUCUGGAUCCUCUUCAAUCGGAAUGGCUGGUACGAUACGAUGGAGUCACUGAGUUCCUCACCAACGCUAUCGACGCAUUUUUCUUCAUCACUCAAGCACCUAAUAAAACAGUGGUCACCGAAAUUGUACCCUAUGCAUUUGAUGCUCAUGGUUGUUGUGUGGUGAUGAUAGCCAUUGCACGAUGGAUGAUGCAAGGGUUCUCCUUGGAUAAUUCGGACAACAAUAUUCCUUACGACUAUGGAUCCCCAGAUGAAAACUGGAUCACACAGACUGGAUUCAAAAUCAACACUAUGAGACUUUUCUCUAUUCUGGAUGACGCUGAAAAGAUGUUCACCACGAAGAUCUUCCUGCCUCUCACCAUCUUCUGCUUCGACAUCAGACCCUUUACAAUGGCUGACAAGGACUAUAUAUCUGGAAUGGUGACUGUGAUGCUGACCACGAAUCAAGAGUUCCUGCGACAACGCUCCAAGAAUUUUGCUGAUCGGAAUAUAAUUCCAUUUUUGACCGGUGGAGCUCAUCAUAAUUUUGUCUGCGAGAAAGUCGAUGAGACUGGACACAAACCAGUCUGCUAUGCUGCAGGCCAUGCCGACGGAUCCGCAUUCAGUCACUUUUUGAUCGGCUAUAAAGAGGAAUUGAAGGAGAAGUAUAAAAGUUUGGUAGAAGAUUUCAAAGUGGGAUCGGCGAAACUAUCUCCGGAGCACAUUGAGUUUAUACAGAAGAGUCAGACACCAAUUGAGAUUGAAGAUUGGUUCCCAAAGGUUCCCAACCACAUUUUUGAACGAUAUCCAGCAUGGGUGGAGACCUACUUCGGACUGGAUUCCAGCGAUGCCUACCCAAUGAUGAAAGUUUUGCACGUCACAGUGAUCAGUUUAGCGAUGAAUGGAUGUCCUGGAUACUUUGUGACCAUUGCCGAGGACGAUGUUAUGCGCCAAAAAUACUUUUUUGCUAUUGGACUCAAUGAUUUAGGGAUCACCGAUUGCCGAAGGUUCCGAAUCAUGGGACAAACACUAUGCAAUCUGUCUAGCAGCUCUUCCUCCUCAUAUUCAGAAUAA